AUGGAAGCGAUAUCCAUCGACGAACUGGACGAUGAUACAGGAAUGCUUCAGAUCGUUGACGAAGACGACGUUGGUUUGAACGAUAUUUUGCCACGGACUCAAGCCAGCGAUGGGAUCUCUGAAUCUAUGGAUAAUAUUGAUACAGAACGAGACGAAGACGACAGCAGUAAUUUCGAAAUUCUCGAUGAUGAAGAUGAAGAGGACCUCGCUGCUGGAUUGGAAGAGGAAGGUUUCUUAGAAAAAGUAACUGAGGAGAAUGAAGUCGAUGUGGAAGAGGAUAAUAGCAAGGACGGUAAUACCAGAAGAGAUGAAAAGAACGACGAAGGCGACACUGCUAAAGCUGAGAAUUCCAAAGUAGCAACAACGGGUGGUUCCCCUCCAACUCAGCGAAAGUUUUUCAAAGUGCCAGUCAGCGUGAUGUCACCUGUAAGGACCCACAAGAAGAACAUUCAAUCACCAGGAGUCUCUGCUGGCUCGGGGAAGAUACGUUUCAUUCCUUCGUCAGUAGAAAAGGUGAUUCGUUCCAAAAUGGCUUCUAUUAAGGGACAUGAAGAUUCAGUUGACCUUAGUGAGACGAUGCAAGAGCGAUCGGCAGAUUUCUUUUCGGACGAUAGUUCAUCGGAUGACUCUUCAUUGGAUGAUAGCUCGUUACUGUUGGAAGAUGAUGCUGAUGAAAUCAUAGAUGUUUCCAAAAUGGGGGUGUUGCCCAACACAUUUCUCAAUCCUCCCCCUAGCUACUACGAUUAUAUGGAUCAAGAUUUGCUGAAGAGCGUGGGCCAACAAAACCUGUCCAAGUUUGCUUGGGAGCACCACUUGCUGUCAAGAGGACUGAUGCAGCUCAUGGCAGAACGGGAUCAUAUUGGAGUGGAAGCGAAUAUUGAUGAUACUGGUAACGUUUUGAAAAUGGGACCUUUAAAACUUUUGAAAAAGACCAUGAACCAGAAGAGUUGGACCGUCAAAUUGGUGGAGAUACGGAAAGGGAAUCUUAUUUAUUUCGACGACAAGGCAAUGACAGGAGGCAAGAAGAAUGUUCGAACUACUGUCCACUUGCGCAAACGUACGUGUCGCUGUGAAGCUGUUACCAAACCAAAAGACGGUAGUAGUCCAAGUGGAUUUGUUUUUGCCUUGAUUGAUGAAGGGGGCAAGCGGAUCUGGAUGGCUCAAUCAGAAGAAGAAAUGGAGGGUUGGAUGCGGACCAUCAAUCAAGCUAUGAUUGGUGAGACGGACGAGUCCAUGGAUAUUCCACUCAACAUGGCACAAUACAAACAGUCUGUGGAGAAAUUUGAUUCGGUUCGUAAUUUCCUAGCGAAUGCCGAGACUCAAAGCGAUUACAUGGCAGUAGCAGGAAAUCUUCUCAGUCGUUAUGGCUCGACUGCUGCAUUGCGGGUACCAAUGAGAUGGAUUCGAGAAGAGGUUCUGGAGGACCACAACUACAGUGGGGAAGGACAGGAGGGAGGCAAGAAUAGAGAUGCUCCGCGUCAUCGUGUCAAGUCGACGGUUGCUGACUUUUGGAAAGUCCUCUGUGAUUCAUCGAUUGCGAUCAAUGGAAAUCUGGUCGAGGGAAACAGCCCGUACUCAGGCGAACGAAUAAUAGGAGCCUUGUCUCGAUGCUUGUUGGAGUACGACAAGGUAGAUCGGGACAUGAGCCACGUAGGAUCCCUUGGCUUUAUCAAACGAGAAGAUACUGAGAAUUUUUUAACCGAGGCGCAGGCAGUAUCACACGCUCGGAGUAUCUUGACCGGAGCCCUGAAGAGCAAAAGUCGUGACGAAGCGUUGCGAACGGUAGAGGAAUUGAUGAAGAAUGAAAAUGUUGUCGAGUGCGUGGAGUUGAAACUCUCCGAGCCGAUGCAUAUUGAUGUUUCGUUUGCUAAUGAUGAUUUCUCGGGUGAUUACCAGCAGGAAAAGAAUGACCUGAGUGGGUGGGCGCAAUCACGGACAAAGGAGACCAAGGGUUGGAAAGAGCGGUACUUUGUUCUAUCGGAAGGAGUAUUGAGUGCUUAUAUGGAUGCCAAUCCGAGACCUUAUGGGCUUCGGGGGCAAUAUGUGCUGAAAGAUUUUCGUGUAGACAUGAUUGAUGAAGAAAACAUUAUCAAAAUACAUUGCAAAGAUGACCACCGCCAAUUGCUAUUUGACGAAAGGGCAGACUUUGUGAAAUGGAAGCAUGCAAUUGAUCCUACCUUCGACGGUAACGAGCAGACCUUGGAUUCGAGCUUCAUCACUUCACCAAAUGAAGGCACUAAUCCAGAGCUAAAGAAUCCUCCAGCUACAACAGCACCUGAUCCGACUCCAGAUCCAAACGACGAUGGCGAGCAAAAGAAGAAGUCACGAAUGGGCAAGCUACAAAAAGAGGCAAAAGAUACAGGAGAGCGAGCGUACAAAGUUAUGAAGGGGGCGCGGGAUGCAGGGAUCGACAAGAUUAAGAAGAUAAUUCCAAGGACGAGGAAGCGCCCGAACGACCGUAGACGGCGGAGGCAGCCGAGAAGAAGACCCACUGUGGACAUGCUUCGAACGAGCAUUCGAAGCUCUCAGGUACAAAUGCCUGCUGGGAAACGAGUUCCAACCGUUCAGGUGGUGGUAGAAUUACGUCGAGUCUACAAUGUGAUUGCCAAGGACCCGAAUGGAGAAGGACAAAAACUCAUGAAAGUAAAGGUGAAACUUUUCCAUGCAUUCCUUGUAUCUGGUGGACCCAACGGGCGCUUUGCUCGAGGUGACGAGCUGAUAGAUAUGAUUUUUGUUGAUGGGGAUGCAGGGCCAAGCACAGAUGCAGCAUUCCUGGAAGUUCCGACCGCUUUGUAA